AUGCGGACGCGCGACCAAGGACCGAGCCAGCUCCGGGGCCAGCGGCCGAGACCUGGGGCCGGGAAGCCACGUUCCCCGCCCGGCCUCUCCCGGCCCGCGAAGGCUCGAUGUCCCAUUUUCCCGGAGAACACGCCUCCCUUUGGCCCGGGCAGCGCUCGCCUGGAGAACCCCGGGUCCGCGCGCUCGGUGCUGCCCGCCGCUCGCCGCCCGCCGCCGGGGCUGCAGGUGCGAGGCCCGGACGGCCGCGAUGCCCGCGCCUGUCAACCCGCCUUCGCGAUGCCGUCCGCUCCCCAGGCUCGGGCGCGGCCGCCCCACGCGAUCAGGCACCGCGCCCCGGCCGCCUCCACGAACCCCGUGCAGCCGAGCGGGGAGCCUGCCGCAGCCCCGCGCCUUACCCUGGGAGCCGGAGCGGCGGAGAACCGGCGGCGGCCGCGCAGCAGCAAAGGCGGCGGCAGUGGCGGGGCGCGCCCCGGGCGGGAGCGCAGCGGAGGGGAGCGCCGCCGAGCCGAGGGGAGCGGCUCCCACAAUGGCCGAGCUCGCGGCGCCGAGCCCCCCGCCCCCCGCGCCCUAGCGGCGGCGGCUGAAGCGGAGCCGGCGCAGCCGCCCAACCCGCUCCCCCACCCCCGGCGCCGACGCCGCCCCCCGCCCCCCGAUGCGCGCUCCUCGCCUUGCACCCCACCCGCGGCCCCUUCCGAGUGCCCUCCGCACUGA